AUGAAAAACACGUUUAAACCUUUGCUUAUUGGUUUUGUUAUGCUCACAAUUCUUCUGUUCGGAGAAACGGUGAUUGCUCAGAAAGGAAAACCAUGUCAUUCAGAAUUGCCGGACAAAACAUGUGAAACCAAGCGCUGCAAAGCUCACUGUGCCAAAGAGCAUAAGAAAAUACUGCUGAAUCUUAGCGGGUGCCUUAAAAAGUAAACGGAGAAGUGUUUGCCGAUGUCAAUAUUUUUGCCCUCCCUAAUUUUUUUA